CUAACUGUAUUAAACUGGUUUCAAUUGAGAACAAUACCACGGGCUUGUCUUUCAUUCGAUAAUAUAUCUAGACAAGUGGUGCAUUGUCGUUAACGAAUAUUGUUAAACUCUAAAGUAUAUCGCAGGGAAGAGAAAGGAGCUAAUUUAAUUUAGGUAAGGAUAAGUUUAAGUUAUGAUUUUCCAACGAAAUAUAAGCGAAUGAUUCUAUUUGGCUUCACGCAUGCGCUGUGCGUCUAAUAAACGUAAAAUUGCGGAAUAUAUGCGUGAUGUAAACUGUUUUUACUACAAAAUGUCUCUCAUAAAUCUAACCGAAAACUAUUAUAUUUCUAAGUCCUAAGUGUUGAUAGCAUCUACUGUUUAUAGGCUAUGCAGAAACUGCAAAGCUACGCUCAAGUUCCUUCCAAGGGUAGUCGAGACAAAAGAGACGACGACAGGUAUCAAAGAAAUAAAGAAGACAUUUUUGAGAGAAGAGAAAUUUCUAUAUCACGAAAUGAAAUGAGUCACGACAGGGUUAGAGAUGAGAGGGACCGAGACAGGGAAAGGUAUGAAGAUAGAAAAGAUAGAAGCUAUUACAGCAGACGUGACAGAGAUCGAAGUCCUCAUCGAGAUGAAAAAUAUUCAAAGGAUGAAAGGAAACGGCAUAGAGACAGAAGUAGAGAAAGAGACAAUGAUAGAGAUUUCGAACGUGAUUAUGAACAGAGAACAAGAUAUUAUGAAGGUGGUGAAAGAUGGAUCAGUGAUAUGCCGACAAAUACGAUUCUGUUGAAAAAUUUGCCGUUUCACAUAACUGAGCAUAAGUUGCAAACUGAAUUGUUUGCUCUCAGCAUUCCAAUUAAGGACGUUCGUUUGAUGAAAAGAAAAGACACAGGUGCGUCACGGGGUUUCGCCUUCGUUGAGUUUGACUGUAAUGAGGAAGCUCAAGCUUGGAUGGAAACACAACAGGGAGUUUUAUGGCUUGAAGAUUAUGAAGUAUCGAUGCAUUUUUCGGCACCGAGAGAAUCUGUUCGACCGCCAGAUUGUGUUCCAAGUGAUAUAAGAACAGAUUGGUCAUGCUUUAAGUGUGGAGUACAUAACUUCAAAAAACGAGAUUUUUGCUUUCGUUGCAAUAUAUCGCGAGAAGAAAGCGAUAGAUUGCGCGAUGGUGGUGAUGGUUAUGAUCAAAUGGGCGUCAAUCCUUGUAACACUUUACUUUUCCGAGGUUUAGACGCUCUUACUACAGAAGAAAAAUUAUGCGAUGCUUUACAUGAAGUUGCUGCAUGUCAAAUUGCAAACGUUUCUGUUAUCAGGGACACAUUAACAUCUGUGUCUAAAGGUUUUGCAUUUGUAGAAUUAUCCUCUGUUGCAGAAUCCAAGGCAAUGUUAGAAUAUUUGAGAGAUAAGCCACUUGAGAUUGAUGGUAAAGUAGUUAUGGCUCACUUUGCUAAGAAUACUUUCAGUACCACCAUGGCCACACUGAAUAGAACAUCUGUGUCGUUUCCAUCAGCGGCAGCAGUUUGUAGCUCAAGGAAAUUAGAUGUGACGUACGACAGAUCAACCGGUUUAUUCACUGACCAUCGUUCCGGACAAACUUACGAUUAUGCUACGUACUUUAAAAUGCAAGAGGAGGGGAAAAGUACAAAUGCAGCUGCAGCUGUUGCACAGGCUGCAAUACAGCAAGCCCAGCAAGCCAAACUGGAUAGGCGAACGAAGCUUGAAAAAGUGACGGAACAGAAAUCAGAAAGUUAUGUAAGUCCACCCACUGGUGAUGGCCUGACAUCUUAUUCUAUACCUGAUAUCUCAACCUAUACUUACGAUGAAAAGUCAGGUUACUAUUAUGAUCCAGCUACUGGCCUCUACUACGACAGUAAUUCUCAAUACUACUUCAACUCUUACACACAAGCAUGGCUUUAUUGGGACGCAACCAGAAUGACUUACUUGCCAGCAUCAUCAGCUUCACAAUCCUCAUCACAAAUACCUAAACAGAAUAACACUAAAAAAGAAAAAGUCAAAGUAGCUAAUAAAAUAGCAAAAGAUAUGGAGAAAUGGGCUAAAAAAAUGAAUCAGACAAAAGAUGCUGAAAAAGAAGCUAAAGCUCACGCAGCUAGCACAAAUCGUUUAGAAUCUGCAACGUCUGACAUUGGUGCCAGCUUCCUAGAUAAGGUUGUGAGUGAGGAAGAAACGCAGGUUGCUUCUCCAAAUGGAUCAUCUUCUACUCCAUCAAACACGAAUCUUGUUGCCCAAUACGGUGGAGACAGUGAUAGUGGCGACGAACAAGGCGAACUGACUGCUUGUAAAGAAGAGCAGUUGACAGAUUGGAGCAAAUUAGCAUGUCUAUUAUGUAAACGACAAUUCAACUCGAAAGAAAUUCUUCAGAAGCAUAAUGCUAUUUCCGAUUUGCAUAAAAAGAAUCUGGAAGAGUGGAGAUUAAGAAAUUCCGCCCCAAAAUAUAGAGAUAGAGCUGCAGAACGUAGGCAGAAGUAUGGACAGCCUGAACCUCCUAAACCUAAUCGUGGAGGUAGAUUUGAACGUUUUGAACCUGAAAGUACAAGCGUGCCUUACGAGCAGCCAACAGCGGAUGGCAUAAAUAACGACAACAUCGGGUCCAAACUACUUCAGAAAAUGGGUUGGUCAGAGGGACGCGGACUUGGAAGGAAAGGCCAAGGCAUACAAACCCCCAUCAAAGCAGAAAUGCGUCAAUCUCAGGCAGGAUUAGGAGCAAGAGGUGCCGCUGUAAGUGUUGAGCCUGGCGAUAGCUAUCGGGAUACCGUUAAAAAAGCAAUGUAUGCUAGAUAUCAUCAGUUGGACUCGUAGUAUCUCCUUUGUUCAUUUCUCUAUACAAUAUUAUUAUACAUAUGUACAAGAAUUUUUUAUUGUUGUUUGCAAUUGAAUCGUUCUUUCAUCGUUUUCAAAUAAAAAAAUUUAACUAAAAACCGUGCAAAAUAUCACUCUUUCCUAUAAUUGAAGAGAAAGUUGAGGGGAACAAAAGUCGACUUACUUUCAGCAAAGAGAAAUAACAUAUUAACAUAUAAUCCUAUUUUUAAUCGAAUAUGAUUAUAUUGGAAUUGCUAAUACCAAACUAAUGGGAUAAAUUGAUUAAACAAGAUAAUUUAGCAAGUAAAUUCUUUUAUUA